AUGACCGCAGAAUCUGUAUAUCCUGCAUGCUCACUUCAUCCUUCGCCUAUUCACAGUGCUACACAAUUCACAUUUUCUCAUCCACUAUAUUCAUACCAAUAUACAGCUGAACCGGAAAAGAACGAGCCAAGGUUCAAGUCAUUUGACGCAUUCUUACAAGACAACGGUUACUCUAUCGGGGAUCUCGCUCUGAAGCAAUCUUAUCGGCCCGUUGAAAUCCAGAGAGGGUGCAUGAAUAAACUCCCAGUAGGAAUAACAAUAAAGCACCAAAAAUAUCGCCAUGUAGAUCAUAUUGAAUUUAUGAAUGUAGAAGAAAUGAAAAACUUUGCAAACUACUGGAUAGACACUCUAGAGAUGGCGGAACAACGUGCUGGGUGGCUAUAUGGUUAUUAUAUAGAGGAUUCUCACUAUCCUUUGGGUAUAAGAGCAGUUUGUGAAGCCAUAUAUGAGCCGCCUCAAAGGAGUUUCAUGGAGUACUCUGAACUCCUCUCUGAUCCAUUUUUAAACACAGUAGACAGGAUCGCAAAUAAGCUCGGUUUGGAGCGUAUCGGAUACAUUUUCACACAUUUACCUAGAGAAAAUGUAAUGACUCCAAAGGACAUUAUUGACGCUGCAAAGAGACAGUUGGAUACAGCAAAAGAUAUACACUACACGGGUUACCCAGUGUCAACACACGUUACAUGCACAAUGUGCCCAGAUGGAGAAGGCAAACCAGUUUUAAAUGCAUUCAUGGCGUCGGACUCUGCAAUGGCCCUUUUGAGAGAUGGCAUGUUUUCCGAGGAACAGAAUGAUAUCAAGAUGGUAGAGAUUAGAAAGGCUUCUAGCUCAUUUGAGAUCUUGCCACAAAUAUUUGAAUCUGGAAAGGAAGUUUCUUCCUUUGACUCUGAUUGGCUAAUUGUGCGUGUAAAUGACUCUGCACCUAUACAUCCAAUGCCAUUUUUCAAACACACUGGAUUUCCACGGGAAAAUCGAGAGGUAAGCACAGAUGUAAAUAUAUGGAAGUACACAAACACACCAUGUGAUUUCCAUCUUUUGCUUUACAUUGCCAAUACACUUGAUGUGGAUACUGCGCUCGCAGUUUGUGAUUCUAUCCUCAAGGGAGAAGAGGUAGAUGGACUAAUUUGGGACCUCCUCGGUGGCAUGCAGAAUGAAUAG